UCCAGGAGAAAGAAGAUGGGGACGAACCAUGUGCCAUCCUAUCCCCAGGACAUGGUGACCUUCCCUGACGUGGCUGUGAGCUUCACCCCAGAGGAGUGGCCAUGCCUGGACUCCUCUCAGAGGAAGCUCUACAGAGAUGUGAUGCUGGAGACCUACCAGCAUCUGCAGGCCAUAGGGCAUUGCGGGGUGAAGCCUGCGUUGAUCUCCUGUUUGGAAGAAUGCAGACUACAGAAUGCAGAAUGCAGGAUACAUGUUCGGGAUUUGACAUUUCAGCAGUUAGCCUUUGGACCGGGAUCUUCAAAUAGGAGUGAGAUGAGUAGCAGCCAGCCCACCUGGGACAUGGUUGAUUCUGUGCUGUUUGACACAGUCUGCAGAGAACCUCCCUGCCUGCAUCUUCAUGGGAGUGAGGAUUCGGGUGACAUCUCUUCUGGAGUGGGGCAGAGUGCAGAGAGCGUCUUUGCUGUAGCUCCACCAUCCACUGGACACAGAAAUCCUGAAUCUGCUUCACCCAAAUUCUGGACGGAGAACCCCACAGAGGAGCCUCUUUGGGCUGAGCGAACAUCAGUGUUUGCUCCGAGCCCCUCACAGCGACAGGCUCACAACCAAAUUUUCCAUGGAGUGGCGCCACCCGAGUGUAAGCAAUGUGGGGGUGCUUUCCCUUGUGCUCGGCACCAUGAUGUCCCCUUGAAAACCCUCAGCACACAGGAUCGUUCUAAUUCUCAGCAAGGUGGACAUGCUCUGGAGCAACUCUCACAGCCUCGUGCCCCUAAGAAAGUCAUUAAACGAAAGAAACGUCAUAUAUUUUCUGAAUGUAGGAAGGCCUUCUCAUGCCCUUCAGACAUUACAGUGCAUAUGAAUACUCAUAGUGGAGAGAAGCCUUACAUAUGUAAGGAGUGUGGGAAGGCCUUCUCUCAGUCUUCACACCUUAAUCGCCACUUCAUGAGUCAUACUAAAGAGAAGCCUCAUGUAUGUGAUGAGUGUGGGAAGUCCUUCUCAUGCCCUUCAGACCUUACAGUGCAUAUGAAUACACAUACUGGAGAGAAGCCUUACAUAUGUAAGGAGUGUGGGAAGGCCUUCUCUCAGUAUUCACAUCUUAUUCGCCACUUCGUGAGUCAUACUAAAGAGAAACCUCAUGUAUGUGAUGAGUGUGGGAAGUCCUUCAAAUUUUUCUCAGACCUUAGUAAACAUGUGAAAAGUCAUAGUGGAGAGAAACCUUAUGCAUGUGAGGAGUGUGGGAAGACCUUCACUGUUGCCUCAAGUCUUAUUAGACACUGGAAAAUACAUACUGGUGAAAAACCCUACAUCUGUAAGGAGUGUGGGAAAGCCUUCAGUCGAUUUUCAAGCCUUAAAAUCCACCUGAAAAUUCAUACAGGAGAGAAACCGUAUUCAUUGGGCGAGUGGCGCUGCCGGCUUGAGAGCCGAUCUGGGGGUCCCCGCGGGCUUUGGGGCGUCUGGAAGGACGUUUUCCGCCCUUCGAGCGCCGGAGCCACACGGUCCCGACGAACCCGGGGGAUCCAGGACUUGGGCUUUGCAGGAAAGUCAGGCCUGGACAGCGGGGAGGGCGCUGGCCUUGCACGCAGGCGACCAGGGGUGCCUCUGGGCCCUGAUCCUCUCCUUAGUGUGCUUGCUCAGGACAUGGUGACCUUCCCUGAUGUGGCUGUGAGCUUCACCUCAGAGGAGUGGCCAUGCUUGGACUCUUCUCAGAGGAACCUCUACAGAGAUGUGAUGCUAGAGACCUAA